AUGUGCCCCCGUUAUCCAGAUCCUGUCCAUCUGGACCAUCCCAUUCCCAUCUUGAAAGAUGCUCUGGGCAAGGUGGACACUCUCCUCCAGCACAAAGUCCACAGUCCGGGCCUCCCAGCCUUGUCAGCCAUAGUCAUCUACAACGACACAGUCUUGUGGACUGGCAACUUUGGGAAACGCAAUGGCUCCAGGAACAUCUCUGCUCCUCCCAAUGAAUAUUCCAUUUACAGAAUUGGAAGCAUCUCCAAGAUAUUCCCAACCAUCAUGCUGUACAAGCUAUGGGAGGAAAGGAAGAUGAAUUCACUUGAUGACCCCUUGGAACGUUAUGCUGAGAACUUCACCAUCAAAAACCCCUGGGGGCAUCUCAGAGAAUCCAAACCAUCUUCAGUCACCCUGCGCAGGAUGGCCAGCCAGCUGUCAGGGCUGCCCAGGCGUCUACGUUCCACCAGCCUGAUGUGGAAAGGAACCACUCAAGAAGCAUUAGGGCUCCUCCAAGAUGAUGUCCUGGUCGUUGAUCCAGGAACUCGGUGUCAUUAUAGUAAUCUGGCUUUCUCGUUAUUGGCUCAUGUAUUAGCUGAGCAGGCUGCUGAAGGCAAGUACCAGCACUGGGUCUCUGAGAAUAUCCUUGAGCGUUUGGGAAUGGAGGACACAGGUUUUGAUAUCACACCUACCAUCCAUUCCAGAAUGGCUGCUGGCGUCUAUGGCAGUGGACAAGUAGCUCCCCUCUAUGAUCUGGGCUGGUACAGGCCUUCUGGCCAGAUGUUCUCAACAGCUGCUGACUUGGCCAAGUUAGCCAUGGUCUUCUUGGGCACAUAUCACCGGCGUCUUCUGGAGCCAGAGACUCUGAAGACCAUGCUGACCCCCCUCUUGAGGUGCUCCAGGGAGUACUUUGCCAAUAAGACUGGGACCCCUUGGGAAAUUAAUGAGCAGUUGGGUUAUGACAUCAUCCGGAAGGAUGGUGAUAUAGAUGGCUACUCAGCCACUUUCUCCCUGAUCCCCAAACUCCGCUUGAGCUUCAUUGUGUUGAUGGCUGGUCCUCGCCCCCAAGGAGGAGACAUUGUAGCCCAGACUUACGACUACCUGAUUCCCUCCAUGGAAUCUGCCUUUCGGGAAGUCGAGAAGAAGCUCAACCCUCCACCAAGUCCCACUCCCUACGUGGGCUAUUUCACCUUCUCCAACUUGACUUUCUAUGAGAUCAAGGUUGGUGUCAGAGGAGAGCUGAUCAUGCAGCAGUUUGGGACCCACGUUGAGAAGCUGAUCCCCAAGAAUUAUCGAACCAUCAAGCUGCAUCAUCUGAAGGAACGCACCUUCCAGGUGGUUUUUGAUAAGGAAUUUCCAUGCACCCUGCACUUGGGUUCUGCCUCAAUUUCCUUGGAGAUCCAGAACGGGCAGGUGUUUAACUUCUACCCUUUUGACAACAAGGGGCUGUCCCCCGGCUUUGAUGCCCCAGGACUGAACACAUACAAUAUCCUGCGCAUGCAAAGAAAGCCUGUAUUCUAUACUUAA